GUCAUCUGUCAAAAUUUAUUUACCGUCCGUGCUUCGUUUGUCAAAUCCACGUUGUUUUAAUUUCCUCAAAAUAAAUUACGGAAGCUUUAUAAAUCAGUACUAAUUACUUUAAAUAUACACCAUGGCUAAAAAAGGCAAAAUAAAAGUAAGUAAAGUGAAGCGAAACAACCAGACCACGAACAGAAUGAAGAAGCAGGGCAUGAUGAAACUGCAGCGGCACCGCGCGAAGCUCCAGAAGCAGAACCAGCCGCCGCCGAAGCCCGAGAUCGAAUACAGCAGUGAGAGCGAGGAGUCGGCCGACGAGUGGGGCGAUAUGUUGGAUGACGAGGAGAAGACGUACAUUAUGAAGAGGCUGGCGAAGAACCCGAGGUUCCUGGCUGAUGUGCCGGAAAAAGAGGAUGAGAAUAAAUCAAACAGAAAACGCAGGAAAAUUGACAAAGAGAAGGUUCCAAAGAAAAGGCCCCAAGUCGGAAGUGACAGUGGCGCGGAGAGUGAAUCCGCAUCUGAGAGUGACUUCGAGGAAAAGUAUGAGCAGGAGAUGGCGGAGAGACCGGCCAAGAGGAUGCGGGCACUGCUGCCCAUCAAGACCAAACAGGGGCUUAUGGAGAGGACUGAGGAGUAUGCAGACACAGAAUCAGAAAGAGAGGAUGACCCAGAACCUCAAAAAGAAGUACAAACAAAAGAAGAAGAAUCCCAGGGCUCAGACUCCGACUCUGGCAUGGAAGGAACGGGUGAAGAAGAUACUGGAACCCCUGAGGGUGGGGUGGUCAGUACCGUGGAGCUGAUGGCUGCUAGGAGAGACCGGCUGAAUCAUGAGAAGCUGCGGAUUGGAGCUCUGUGCUCUUCUCUGCUUGAGGAACCGGAGAAAAAGCUAAAAAAUCUGUACCCGAUCCUGUACCUGAUGGAGGAGCGUCUAAAGGACGAAACCUUGAACCUCCACUCAGUACGCAAGAUCGCCACCCUGUCAGCUUAUGAGGUGUUCAAAGACAUCUUACCUGAGUACCAGAUCAGACACCAAGACUACUCGAACAUUAAAUUAAAGAAGGACACGUUAUCUCUAUACAAAUACGAAAAGGAGUUACUUGAAUUCUACAAAAGAUAUCUACAGAGGCUUGAAAAAGCUUGUACAGUUCUAAGACCCAAAAAAGGAGAUACAAGAAAACCAGACCCAGCAGCCGUCAGUCUAGCCCUAGUGUCCCUCCGGUGCCUCUGCGGGCUGCUAGUGGCCCGUCCACAGUUCAACUACGCCACGAACAUCGCGCAGACCACCGUGCCCUUCCUCGACUGCGGCAACGCGGACGCCGCAGAUAUCGCCACGGAGUGCGCACAGACCGUGUUCCAGGAGGAUACUAAAGGGGAAAUUACUCUAACGAUUGUCCGACUAAUCAACCAGUUGGUAAAGCGACGUGGAGAACGCCUGAAGCCCACCGCUUUGCGCUGCCUGCUGAGCCUCAAGAUAAGGGACGUCGACCUCGACGCGGAGGCCGAUGUCAAACACAAGAAGAAAAUGGAAGAGAAACACAAGAAGAGGAUCGUCAACUUGUCUAAGAAGGAGAAGAAGCGAGCGAAAAAGCUCAAGGAAGUAGAACGAGAACUUCUCGAAACAGAAGCUCAAGAAAGCGAAGUCUCCCGCCGGAAACAGCUGACAGAAGUCACCAAAACCGUGUUCCACAUUUACUUCCGGCUGUUGAAGACGGCGCCGAGGUCUAAGCUGCUGUGCGCGGCGCUGGACGGACUAGCCAAAUUCACCCACGUAAUCAACCUCGAGUACUACUCCGAUCUAGUGGCCAUCUUGGCCCGGCUGACCCAGGACGAGCUGAUCGGGUCCCGCGAACGGCUAUUAUGUGUUCGCUGUGUGCUGGCGAUACUGGCGGGCUCGGGGGACGCCAUCAACGUGGACCCGGGCCGGUUCCACACGGCGCUGUAUGCCGCCAUGCUCACCGUACAUGCUGGAAAAACGCACGACGACGCAAAGAUCGUGCUAGAAUCCGUGGCGCAGAUCUGCGCGCGCGCGCGCCGCGUGUCGGCCGACGAGCUGGCCGCCUUCGCCAAGCGACUCGCGACUCUGGCGUUACAACUGCAACAUAAUGGCGCUUUGGCGUGUUUGACGCUGUUGCAUCAAUUGGCCCAGCAAAGCAAAGCCGUGGAAUCACUGUUCGAGCCAGAUCCCGAAUCGGGAGCGGGUCAUUUCGACCCGACACUCGAGUCCCCGGCACAUUGCUACGCGCGCACCGCCGUGCUCACCGAGCUGUGUGCUCUGCAUCAUCAUUACCAUCCCGCCGUGCGGCAGGCCGUCACCAAGAGUGAUAGUAAACUAUCGGCCGUCCACAUCUUUGAACAGUACGACGGGUCCCAAAUGGCGUUUAAACCGUCCAUCCCCCCUCCCAAGCCCACCAACAAGGCUAAAGUGCCCCCCACUCACGUCUGGGCUCAGCACGACUUCAAACAGCUGUGUGAGGAUGUUGAGAACAAAGUGAAUUUGAGUGAGGUUGACUUUGCAUUGCCUAAGAAGAAAAGGUGA